CUCUUCCCCAUCCUCCAGAAGAAAAGGACAAAGUCAAAGUAUUCAGCGACACGCAGGCUUCUGCUAAAGACCAAAUUGCUGAGAAAAGCAGAAAGUUUGCUGGUGAUAGAAAAAGAGCAAAAAAGCAUCGAAAGAGAAAACGCCCUCAGGGAGAGAGCGCCACCCCUCAAACUUUCCGGCCUUUCCGUUCAAGAACUGCAGGACCUUUGUAAAGAUCUGCACCAGAAGAUCGAUAUUGUGGAUGAAGCCAGAUACGACCUGACUAUAAAAGUUGCCAGAAAUGAAGCAGAGAUUCUGUCACUAACCCAGAAGAUUUAUGAACUGAAGGGCAAAAUGAAGCGACCGAACCUGAAGCGGGUGAAGAAGUCAGCAGAUGCCGUGCUGGGAGCGCUCACGGACAACAGAGUCACGAAAGCGGACUUUAAAGCCAACCUCAAAACAGUGAAAAAGGAAGAGGAAAAGAAGGAAGAGGUCACGGACUGGAGGAAAAACGUGGAGGCCAUGUCAGGCAUGGAAGGCAGAAAGAAACUGUUUGACGCCGGGCAGUAGAUGAAAGCGUGCGACAUAUCUCCAUCCGAACACAGGCCUGCUAGAAAACGACCUAUGUUCAUGGUUUCCAUCACAAUUCCCAUUAAAUCCAUUAGGAUGUAUGUGAUGGUUUCUAUUGCUUAUUUUCUUCUUCAUAUAACAGUGACAGUUAGAAUUUUAAUCACCUAGAAUAUCACAUGGUAAAUUAUUCAUUUAUUUGGUCGAUCAGCUGUGGCUCGCUUGCAAUAUUAAUUUUGUGAUCACUGCGAUAAUAAAAACACGUGGGCACCGUCUGUAGAGAAGCAAAAGAUAAUAUAAACUAAUAUUCAUAUCGACUGUGUAAAUAUUGGGUUCAUAGUCUGUGUUGAUUGAAACAAAUAAGGUUACCCUUGGUUGAAGAGCGUGCUCAUUUUAUUACCACUUUGUAGUGUACAAACGUAAAGGGUUUCAUUUUUAAUAAAAUCGUAUCGAGUGAA